CUGCGCAUUUGAGGUUAUUUAGGGUUAUGUGUUCUGUUAUGUCAUGUGAAGUAAACUAAGAUUUUACGCGAUUUUAUUUAUGGAUUUUCUCUAAAAAAACCACUUGAUUAGUGCCCCGCAAUGAAUUUUCCCCGACUUCGAGCGAUUAGGCACCAGGCCAGGGUUAUCGCAAACAUUUACAACUCCCGAGGGUUGAAAAGCUGCAAAAACACCCUCAAACCCCAGCUGGGAGCUUCCCAAAGAGUCGCGUCCACUGUUGAAGUGAAACCGGAGCAAACUGAUGGAUUUCUGAGAAAGAUGCUGAAUAAACUGCCCUUUAUGAACAUUGAGAGAAUUAGAGCCCAAAGUUCCGCCUAUUUGCUCUAUGAGAACGUCGUAGACAAACUGGACUAUGUGGAGUUGUUUGAGCGCUACGAACUGCCAGAUACGUUUUUCUCCUGGUUUGCCAUUACAGAGCUGCAUGUUUGGAUGCUCUGCGCUCGGGCUAUGGCCGAAGGCGACUUGGGGCAAUUGAUUAGAAACUCCAUAGUUGAGGCUCUAUGGGUGGAUGUGGCGAGACGAACCAAGCAACUAGGUGAUGUAAACCCUGCGGCCCUGAGGGCUCAAGUGGAGGAGCUCUCUCAUCAAUUGCAGGCAACUUUUAUUGCCUACGACGAAGGCAUCCAGUCAGAUGACAUAGUUUUAGCAGGCGCGAUAUGGCGAAGGCUCUAUCAGAUGCAGUACGCCUCGCCACAUCAUGUGGAGGACUUUGUUAGAUACGUCAGGCAACAUAUGGCCCAACUGGACCGAUUAACCAAAGAGCAAUUAUUGGCUGUGCGACCAGUUAAGUGGGAACUUAUCGAUAAGAUGUAAAGAGUUUUUUAUCAA